AUGGCACCUGGCCUGCUCACUUGCCAUGCUUGCCUCUGGGUUUCAGAUCAGACCUACUGUGAUCGCCUGGUCCAGGAUACGCCUUUCCUGACAGGCUACGGGCGCUUGAGUGAGCAGCAGGUGGACAAGAUCAUCUUGCAGCUGAACCGCUACUACCCACAGAUUCUCACCAAUAAGGAGGCUGAAAAGUUCCGGAACCCCAAGGCGGCUGUGCGUGUACGGCUCUGCAAUCUCCUGAGCCACCUGCAGCAGAGCGGUGAGCGUGACUGCCAGGAGUUCUACCGUGCCCUGUAUAUCCAUGCCCAGCCCCUACACAGCUGCCUGCCCAGCCGGCACACUCUGCAGAACUCAGAUGGCACAGAGCUAGACUCAGGCGUGGAGAGAUGGGAGCUGAGUGACAGGGGACCCCUGGGCUUUCUGGCUUGCCUCAGUGUGGCCGCAGGACUGGCCCUGCUCAUGUACUGCUGCCCUCCAGACCCCAAGGUCCUGCCAGGAGCACGGCGUGUCCUCGGCUUCUCCCCCAUCAUCAUCGAGAGGCAUGUCAGCCGCUAUCUGCUGACCUUCCUGGCGGGCAAUCUGGGGAGUUCCUGA